CAUUUUUUAGCGGGGAACCAUCAUGGAAGCCUCAGGCAUAAAGGUCUCCGCACGUGCCACCUUUGACCGACAGCAACGGGGGGUUGUUUCUUAGUUUCCAGCUGCCACGGGCGCUUUUUCAAGAUAAGACUCCUUUUGGAUCGAUCUUAGGCCCGGAAAUUUCCCCUGAAUUUUUCAAAGCGCGAACAACUUGUUCCUAGUAUUUACAGCUUUUCAGGCUUAUCUUCCGGAAGCUUCGAUCGCCGCAACAAAAAAGUUUUGGGUCUUGCGGGGAAACAAUUUACGUGCUUCAGGAUGUCUACUGCCGUUGUACAAGCUGACGAUCUCAUGGAGCCUUCGCUCCAGUCGAUUGUCAGCCAGGAUACCCUCCGCUGGAUCUUCGUUGGUGGUAAAGGAGGUGUUGGUAAAACAACUACCUCCUGUUCUCUUGCGAUUCAGCUGGCCAAAGCUCGCAAAUCGGUUCUGCUCAUCUCGACCGAUCCCGCACACAACCUCAGUGACGCCUUUGGACAAAAGUUUGGAAAGGAAGCCCGACUGGUCGAUGGGUACACCAACCUCAGUGCUAUGGAAAUUGACCCCAAUGGCAGCAUCCAGGACCUACUGGCCAGCGGCGAGGGGCAGGGCGACGACCCUAUGGCGGGACUAGGCGUUGGGAACAUGAUGCAGGAUCUAGCAUUCAGCAUCCCCGGUGUUGAUGAAGCCAUGUCCUUUGCGGAAGUUCUGAAGCAAGUCAAGUCCUUGUCGUAUGAGGUUAUUGUUUUUGACACCGCCCCCACCGGCCACACCUUGCGUUUCCUUCAAUUUCCCACCGUGCUUGAAAAGGCCCUUGCAAAGCUUUCGCAGUUGUCGUCUCAAUUCGGCCCAAUGCUGAACUCCAUCCUUGGCUCCCGCGGUGGUCUUCCCGGCGGUCAGAACAUUGACGAUCUUUUGCAGAAGAUGGAGUCUCUCAGAGAGACCAUCAGCGAAGUCAACACUCAGUUCAAGAACCCGGACAUGACCACCUUUGUGUGUGUCUGUAUUGCUGAGUUCUUAUCUCUGUAUGAGACCGAGCGUAUGAUCCAAGAGCUGACAAGCUACAACAUUGACACACACGCCAUUGUCGUCAAUCAGCUUUUGUUCCCCAAGCAGGGUAGUGAGUGUGAACAGUGCAAUGCACGAAGGAAGAUGCAGAAGAAGUACCUUGAACAAAUUGAAGAACUCUAUGAAGAUUUCAAUGUUGUCCGGAUGCCGCUGCUAGUUGAAGAAGUCAGAGGAAAGGAGAAACUUGAAAAAUUCAGCGACAUGCUCAUUCACCCAUAUGUUCCCCCGCAGUAAAGAGGCUAUGUAGCAUCGUGCAAUAGGAUCACCCUGGUUGUCGAACCUGAAGAAGAUGGGGAACGAUAUUCGACGGGGGCAUUCUCGGUGCAGAGGGAUUUACUAUCAACUAUGAAAGCGCUUUAUCACGGAAUAACCGCAUGUUUAUUAUGAAGGUCAUCACGUCGGAGAUGGCGCUGGAAAAUAUGCAAGGUGAGGUUUCCAGCGAAUUGUUACCAUUGGGAUGAGUUAUGAGAAAGAAUA